UAAUAGGAGACACGAGAGCAGGAUACCAACUGCUUGAAGCCCAAAUGUCCUCCAGAAAGCUCUGCUCUUUGGAUGAGUUGGACUUCUUCCGUGAGAGAGAAUUGAAAGCUGGGAAAUUCAGGUGCACAUUUUUAAGCCUGCAUCAUGUGGAACACCUCCAACGCCAGCUUCUCCUGCUACCACGAGUCUGUGCUGGGUUAUCGUUACGUUGCGGUUAGCUGGGGAGUGGUGGUGGCUGUGACAGGCACGGUGGGCAACGUGCUCACCCUGCUGGCCUUGGCCAUCCAGCCCAAGCUCCGUACCCGUUUCAACCUGCUCAUCGCCAACCUCACACUGGCCGAUCUGCUCUACUGCACCCUGCUCCAGCCCUUCUCUGUGGACACCUACCUCCACCUGCACUGGCGCACCGGUGCCACCUUCUGCAGAGUGUUUGGGCUCCUCCUCUUUGCUUCAAACUCUGUCUCCAUCCUCACCCUCUGCCUCAUUGCGCUGGGACGCUACCUCCUCAUCGCCCACCCUAAGCUUUUUCCCCAAGUUUUCAGUUCCAAGGGGAUAUUGCUGGCACUGGUGGGCACCUGGGUGAUAGGCGUGGCCAGUUUUGCCCCACUCUGGCCUAUCUAUAUCUUGGUGCCCGUGGUCUGCACCUGCAGCUUUGACCGUAUCCGAGGCCGACCCUACACCACUAUCCUCAUGGGCAUCUACUUUGUACUUGGGCUCAGCAGUGUUGGCAUUUUCUAUUGCCUCAUCCACCGCCAAGUGAAGAGAGCUGCACAGGCACUGGACCAGUACAAGCUGCACAAAGCAAGUGUCCACUCCAACCACGUGGCUGGGACAGAUGAAGCCAUGCCUGGUCAUUUCCAGGAACUGGACAGCGGACUGGCAUCAGCAGGGCCCAGUGAGGGGAUUUCAUCUGAGCCAGUCAGUGCCGCCACCACCCAGACCCUGGAGGGAGACUCAUCAGAAGUGAGGGACCAUGGCAACAGCAAGACAGCUAAGCAGAAAAGCGCCCCUGAAGCACCUGCUAAGGCCAGGCCAACCAAAGGAGCUCAAAAAGCCCAGGACUCCCCAUCAGAGUUUGGGAAGGUGACUCAGAUGUGUUUUGCCGUGUUUCUCUGCUUUGCCCUGAGCUACAUCCCCUUCUUGCUGCUCAACAUCCUGGAUGCCCAGGUCCGGGCUCCUCGGGUUCUCCACAUGCUGGCUGCCAACCUCACCUGGCUCAAUGGAUGCAUCAACCCUGUGCUCUAUGCUGCCAUGAACCGCCAGUUCCGCCAAGCAUACAGCUCUCUCCUAAGACGAGGACCCCAGAGUUUCCACAGGCUCCAUUAGAACUGUAUCCCUAGUCACUGGAGUCCAGGGCUGUUCCAUUUGUCUCCAAGUGGUCAUUUGGCAUGGACACAGGUGAAAGUAAGACUUAGGGGCAUCUUCACAGAUAACCCCUCCCCCUAAAAAAAUCCAGGUCCCUCCAUCCUUUGAUCAAUGUUUCAGCCCUAGGAUGCUCAAGGAUCAUUAUUGAUAAAUGAAUUCUAUGCU